UUCUCUUCCUGAGUCCUGGGAGAAACCGGGAGAAACCGAAGGAGCUCUCAGCCAUGGAGACUCCUGGGGAGCCAGAAGCAGGCCCUCUCGGAACCCCAAGCCUGUCCAACUUCGCACCUGGGCACCUGGAGAGACAAAAGCCAGCCCGGGACCCGCCCUACGACGUGCCUGGGGCCAGCGGGGGGCUGCCAGGUGGACCCCAGCGGCCCGGGCGCACCGUGAGCCUGCGGGAGCGCUUGCUGCUCACACGGCCCGUGUGGCUGCAGCUGCGAGCCAACGCAGCGGCCGCGCUGCAUGUGCUGAGGACCGAGCCCCCGGGGACGUUCCUGGUGCGGAAAUCUAACACUCGUGGGUGCCAAGCCUUGUGCGUGAGGCUGCCGGAGGCCAGCGGCCCCUCCUUUGUGUCUAGCCACUACAUCCAGGAGAGCCCUGGGGGCGUCUCCUUGGAGGGCUCAGAGCUCAUGUUCCCAGACCUGGUCCAGCUCAUCUGCGCCUACUGUCAUACCCGGGACAUCCUUCUGCUCCCACUCCAGCUCCCCAGAGCCAUCUGCCAGGCAGCCACCCACAAGGAACUGGAAGCCAUCUCCCAUCUGGGCAUUGAGUUCUGGAGCUCCUCCCUCAAUGCCAAGGCUCAGCCGGGCCCUCCUGAAGGCCCGCUGCUGCCCCGGCUGAAGCCCCGGUCCCCGCAGGAGCUGGACCAGGGCACAGGAGCCGCCCUGUGCUUCUUCAAUCCCCUGUUCCCAGGGGACCUGGGCCCCACCAAGCGGGAGAAAUUCAAGAGGAGCUUCAAAGUGCGUGUGUCCACGGAGACCUCCAGCCCUCUGUCUCCACCUGCCGUGCCACCUCCCCCGGUCCCCGUGCUGCCGGGGGCAGCCCCCACCCAGACAGAAAGGUUACCCCCUCACCAGCUUCUGCGGAGGGAGAGCUCCGUGGGGUACCGUGUGCCAGGGAAUGCCAGCCCCAGCCUCCCACCCCUGCCCUCCCUCCAGGAGGUAGACUGUGGCUCCCCCAGCAGCUCAGAAGAAGAGGGGGCGCCGGGCUCUGGGGGAAGCCCAGCCACCUCACCCCGCCUGGGCCGCCACCGCCACCGGCCCCUGCUUCGGUCCAUGAGCGCCGCCUUCUGCUCCCUGCUGGCGCCGGAGCGGCAGGUGGGCCGGGCCGUGGCGGCCCUGGUGCAGGACCGACACACAGCUGUCGGCCAGCUGGUGCAGGACCUACUGACCCAGGUGCGGGCCGGCCCGGAGCCCCGGGAGCUGCAAGGUGUCCGAGAGGCGCUGAGCCGGGCUCGAGCCAUGCUAAGUGCAGAGCUGGGCCCUGAGAAGCUGCUACCGCCUGAGAGACUGGAACACAUCUUGGAGAAGUCUCUGCAUCGCUCCGUGCUCAAGCCUCUCAGGCCCAUCCUGGCGGCCCGCCUGCGGCGCCGGCUUUCUGCCAAUGGCUCCCUGGGCCGCCUGGCUGAGGGCCUCCGCCGGGCUCGGUCCCAGGGCCCUGAAGCCUUCGGGUCCCACUUGAGCCUGCCCUCCCCGGGAGAGAUGGAGCAGGUGCGUCAGAAGCUGCUGCAGCUGCUCCGUGCCUACUCACCCAGCGCCCAGGUCAAGAGGCUCCUGCAGGCUUGCAAGCUGCUCUACACAGCCCUGAAGACCCAGGCCGGGGACAGUGCGGGGGCAGAUGAGUUCCUCCCCCUGCUGAGCCUCGUCCUGGCCCAGUGCGACCUUCCCGAGCUGCUGCUGGAGGCUGAGUACAUGUCAGAGCUGCUGGAGCCCACCCUGCUCACCGGAGAGGGCGGUUACUACUUGACCAGCCUCUCAGCCAGCCUGGCUCUGCUGAGUGGCCUGGACCAGGCCCCCACGCUCCCCAUGAGCCCCUCGCAGGAGCUGCAGCGCUCCCUCAGCCUCUGGGAGCAGCGCCGCCUGCCUGCCACCCAUAGCUUCCAGCACCUCCUCCGAGUAGCCUACCAAGACCCCGGCAGUGGCUGUACCUCCAAGACCCUGGCUGUGCCCCCAGGGGCCUCGGUUGCCACCCUGAACCAGCUCUGUGCCAUGAAGUUCCGAGUGACCCAGCCUGACACAUUCGGCCUCUUCCUGUACAGGGAUCAGGGCUACCACCGCUUGUCGCCCGGAGCCCUGGCCCACGGGCUUCCCACAACCGGCUACCUCGUCUAUCGCCGGGCAGAGCCACCUGAGACCCACGGGGCCGCGCCCGGGGCUACAACAGAGAAGGACAGUGGGGAGCUGGAGGCAGGGGGCAGGGAGGAGGAGGGAGGGGGCCAGGGAGAUGGGAUCAUCGAGGUCAAAGCGGGUACUGGGGACAGCAGAGGAGAGGCUGAGACAACUGCCGAGAGGGUGCAGGGAAGUGUGGGCCAGGCCAGGGGGGGCCCUGCCCAGCCGGGGGUGCCAGAGUCCCAGGGAAGCAGAGCAGCAGAGGAGUAGCUGGGGGUGGCUGAACUGUCAUUUGGGACAGAAAACCCUGAGCUUGCGGGGAAGGCCUUUUAGAGUCGGCGGCCAUCAGCCCCACCCCUCUUAGCCUUCCCCACCCCCCAGGCCGCUCCUGCGCCCGCCACCAGCUCUGAUAUUUGUGUCUGUGGUCACACCUGCUGGGGUGGUCCCUGGACCAGGCGCAUCUGAAGCACUGGAAUAAAGCUGAGGGGGUGUAAAGGGCCUUUUCUCUCCCAGCUGGAGGUCAGCCAGCCUUUAGUGGUGAGUGUGCCCGAUCUCUGGCAAAGGACCGGGGCAGGCAGCCCAUCCAUGCUGGGGGCUUCAAAGCCCUGAAAGGCUUCACCAACUCCUGGGAGCCCAGUCCAGCCCUAGCCUACAGAAAGGGGUGGGGGGGAGGGGCGCUGGCAGCUCCCAACUUUCGUGUCCUCACCUGUAGAGCGGAGGUGCUCUUGCUGCCCUGCCUUCUCGCAGAAGUCCUCCAGGGGCACGUGGACGGUUUUGCUCCAAAGCAGAGCUCAGACUGGAGAGAAGGGCAGGGAAGGAGGUGGGAUGUUAGCAGUACCUGCCUCCCAAGGGGUCUGUUGUCUGUAUUCACUGAAGGUUCUUGUCAGCCUGGGGGAGAUCCUGGAGAUCAGGCUCCGCCCAGGGAGCACCUAGGCCCCAGUCUUUUCUCGGGAUGAGAAAUCCUGCCAGGCACUCUCGCAUCCCAUGGGGAGAUGGGCUUCCGAAGUGGAAGUGGUGGUGCCCGGAGUGGUGCCUGGAAACCAUUUUCUCUGCACUUAACUCUUUUGGACCUCACAAGAGCUUUCCGGGCAGGCUGGGCAUGGCUUAUCACACACGGAGGCUUGGGAAAAUGACUCCUGAGAUAUCGCACAGCGGCCAAACCCGGGUGUCAGGCUCCAACUACGCCCUCUAUUGUAAAACACCAAUAAAUUAACCCUAAAGGCCCCACAGCCCUGAGGGGUCCCAGAGCAGGAAGGAAAUCUGAGCAAAGACAAUGCCAGUAACGGCCACAAGGGGGUGCGGGUGGCCCAGGAAGUGGCAGAGGGGGGUAAUGCAGAGGGGUGAGGGCGUCUCAGGGGCAACCUGGGGUCCGUGCAGGGGCCGUCAAUGCAGGCUCCCUUGGAGUCUGGGAUCUGGGUGAGACAAACUUCAUAGGGAUCACUCCCUCAGAAGGAACUGUCCCCUGGUGGAAGGAGGAGCCAGCCAGUCUCUGGGGCACUCCCUCAGGUGCUGAGCACAAGGGACAUCAGACCACCACGUGUCAGGUGGUCAUGACAGCUAGAGGUAGGAAUCCUGGACAUUGGGAUUUCAGCCAAUCCAGAUAUAGAUACCAGCAAAUCUGGGCUCAGGGCUCCCAAAUUUCUCACUAGGCCACCAGCAACCCUCCCUCUCCACUUCCACUCCCCACUCCAGGCUUCUUGCCGGUAGGAAGUCUCCUCUCUUUCCUUUUGUACCCCCCCUCUCCCUAUCCCAAGCCCACCCCAGUGCCUCGAACCUGGGCACCCCAGAGGCCCCCAAUAA